GUUGCGUCAAACACGCUCCUCCUCUCCCAUUUGCUGCUGUGCGCUUCCCAUCUCCAUCACUGGAGCGCGGACAGGAUGGAGGCGCUGCUGAAUGAGUGGCUGUGGCAGGAGAAGUACUGGCUUCCUCCUGGCAUGCGCUGGCGGGACAUUGAGGUGACGGAGGACAAGGGCCGCUUUCCUUUACCCAGAGAUCUCAUCUACACCUUGCCUCUGGCCUUCGCCUUUAUAGCCCUCAGAUAUGUCUUUGAGAGGCUCAUCGGUGUCCCAUUAAGCAGACAUUUAGGUGUGAAGGACCGGAUUCGGAUUCGAGCUGCUCCCAUCCCAAAGCUGGAGACUUUCUACAAACAGAACAGGCAGCCGCCAUCGCAAAGUGAGGUGGCGAGCUUGGGGAAGCAGUGUGGACUCUCCCAGAGGAAGAUCCAGACCUGGUUCAGACACAGGAGGAACCAGGACCGACCAAGCAACACCAAAAAGUGCUGCGAGGCCUCCUGGCGUUUUGUCUUCUACCUCAUAUCGUUCACUGCAGGGCUCGCCUCUUUAAUUAAUACUCCGUGGUUCUGGGAUCACAGAGAAUGUUGGAGGGGUUAUCCCAAACAGCCUGUGGCCGAGGCUCAUUACUGGUAUUACAUCUUGGAAAUGGGUUUCUAUUUGUCACUGCUCCUGUGCGUCUCUGUGGACGUCAAGCGAAAAGACUUCAAGGAGCAGGUAAUUCAUCACAUCGCCACCAUAUUCCUCAUCGGUUUCUCCUACUGUGCCAACUAUGUGAGGGUUGGCACGCUGGUGAUGCUGGUGCACGACUCGUCCGACUUCCUCCUCGAGUCUGCCAAGAUGUUUCACUACGCUGGCUGGACGAAGACAUGCGACUCACUCUUUGUCAUCUUCUCUCUGGUCUUCCUGGUGACGAGGCUGGUGGUGUUUCCUGGCAGAGUGGUUCACACAACCCUGGUGGUGUCUCUAGAAUUCUUUCAGCCCUUCUUUGGUUAUUACUUCUUCAACGGCCUUCUGUUGGUGCUGCAAGCCCUGCACAUCUUCUGGGCCUAUCUCAUCCUGCGCAUGGUCUACAAGUUCGUGUUCAUGGGCAAGGUGGAGCGUGAUGAACGCAGUGACGAGGAGAGUGAAGUGGACGACGAAGAGGAGGAGCCCGAGGAGGAAGGGGACGAGUGCAGCUGGGAGCAAAGAAAGGGCACAAUCAACUCCAAACUGGCGUCGCUGGCUAACAACUGCGUCCUGAACAACCUGACCAACCAGAGGAAUAUAAACAGCAGAAUGCCCAAAGCCAGAUAGUGGAGCAGCCGGCCUUUUCCACGUCGACCGAGUCUCACUGGAAAAAUAAGUUAUUUCCCCCCCAACCGCCUAUUUGGAGACUCAUUUCUGACAUACGAUACAUACAUGUGUCUUGUGUACAUCCAGCACGGUCCACUGAUGAUUUCAGAUCAGGCUAGGCGAAGACGCACUGAUGAUUGUAAAUCUGCACACCCGGUGUAAGAUUAGGAAGUAACGCCUUGGUUACCGUCAUCCAUACCGCUGCAUACUGUUAAGAUAGAUUUGGCAAAAUUUCCAUUGUAUUAUAUUUUUUGUAAAUACCUGAACUGUGCUACGAUGCAUUUAUCCUUUCUUUGCUCUUUGUUUUUUUUUUUUUACACAAAGUCCAUCUGUUCUGAUCUAAUGUGUGGUCUAACAUGUUUUAAACAGGGCAAACUGAAGCUAGAAUCUAAGUCACUCCCAUAUCUUUCUAUUCACAUACACAGUAUGGUUGAUUGUACAUAGACAACUAAGAAUAUUGAUUGUAGUAAAUCUGUUGAUAAACCACUUUAUAGAUCUAUUUUUUAUGAACCAUUUACUCAACAGGUGAUUUUUAUGUUGUUGCAAUAAUGUGGCAGAAUCUUAAAGGCUACCGCAGAAGUCCUUUAGGGAGGAUAAAGUUAUAUUUUUCUGUGAUAGGAUUUGAUUUAUCACUUUUUAGAAGAGAUGUGGCGCCCCCUGGUGCCCAUAGAAGAACAUGUCCUUGUAGAGAACACACUCCCCAUGUCUGCUAAAAAUGCUGCCUUUACAAAAAACUACUGCUCCUAGAAGUAUGAACUUAAACCACAUAUUUGUGUGAGUGUGUGUGUGUUUUGUUUUCUACUUUGACUGUCAUUGUGACGGGCAGCAUGACUUCUCAACAAGUUUUUUUGUUAAGGUUUGCUCUACUGGACUUUAGUUUUGUGCCUUGGCUGCUGUUUUUACACUUUUCUGUGACAAACACUUGAUAUUACGCUCUGUGUGUGACUAGGAUUACCUUCACUGGACAGUUUUUACUUUGAGCAGUUUUAAUGUUUUGCUUGAAAUGUUAGUGAGGCUGGUAGUGAAUAGGUAAGCCAUGAAAAGUACAUGCACACAGAUGGGCAUUAGUGAAAUGUGAGGUAUUUUAGAUAGCGGAGUUGUCUACAAAGGUCAAAAUGCUUUAUGGCUCAGAUGUAAAUGUAAAGAUUUUUUUAUAAACUUGAUGGCGUAUUUUGAUAUGACAAGACAAAGAACAAGACAUAAUUGGAUUUUACAUGUAUUUUAACCGUGAAAAAAACAUGGCUCAGUGUCUGUAAACUGUCUCCAGGUUUGGCUCCAGAUGGGUCAUCGUGAUUGUCAACAGAGAUAUCGUUCAGAACCAUCAUAAACUACAGUACACUCAUACACAGGAGGUCAUUCACUACCAGAAACAGGUGUUGCAUAUUCACAGGUUAGUAAGGACAACUCUUGAAGAUACGUGGUGAGAGUAGAAACUGGGUUGUGUGUCUCUGAGCAGGGACUUAAUCAUACUGCAGCCCACGACACAAGGUGGAUUUAAAAUGAAGUUAUAGAGCACUCAAAGGGCUGACCCACUAGGUAACACAUCAUGACCCCCACUAGGAUACUGUUUUUAAAUUAAAAAUAGAUAUGAAAGUAGGAGAAAUGUCAUGUUUCCAUGAAAGUAACACUUGACUGUUUUCUUCUGAACGCACACGGACGCUUUGUUGAUUGUGUGGCCAGUUGGAAAGUUUUAAUAAAUUACUUCUCUUGAAUAAAUUA